CCAGCGAGCGACAUUUCGAGCUGCUGAUGGUCGUCUCGCCAUCAGUGUUGGACAGCAACCAGUCCGCUUCGGUCAGAUUGUCAGAGCAAGCUCUGAUGUGUGGAAUUCGCGGUACGGACGGAACCGAAAAGUGAACUUUAUAAGGAUUUGAGUGCGCGCCGCCAAGGUACCGUAACUUUCCGGCUAUAUAGUGGAGAGAAGAGAAGAAAGUGUGUGACAGUAGUGCCUAUUUGCUGGUGUGAGGAUCUUGCCGUACUUUCCUUGCGGUUGCUUCAUUUCGUGUGCAUUGUGUCGCUUGGAUUGCUGAAGAAAGGAAAAAGUUCCAUCACCGCCAUCGCCUGAAUCCCCAAAAAUGUCAAACUACGCUUGGGUGACGCUAGCGACCAAUGAUUCGUACUCGUUGGGCGCCCUCGUGGUGGCGCAUUCGCUCAAACGCGUCCACACGGCACAUCAGUUGGCCGUGCUGAUAACGCCCGGUGUGUCGGAAGCCAUGAAAAACAAACUUCGCACAAUCUUCAACGUCGUAGAAGAGGUCAACCUGCUGGACUCCAAGGACGAUGCCAACCUGGCGCUGCUCAAACGUCCCGAGCUGGGCAUCACAUUCACAAAGCUGCACUGCUGGCGUCUGACGCAGUUCGAGAAAUGCGUCUUCCUCGAUGCCGACACACUGGUGCUGCGCAACAGCGAUGAGCUGUUCGAACGGGAAGAGCUGUCCGCCGCCCCGGACAUCGGCUGGCCCGAUUGUUUCAACUCCGGCGUCUACGUGUAUCGACCGUCGCUCGAUACGUUCUCCAGUCUGAUGCAGUACGCCGUGACCCAUGGAAGCUUCGACGGGGGCGAUCAGGGUCUGCUGAAUGCGUACUUCUCCGACUGGGCGCACAAGGACAUCUCCAAGCACCUUCCCUUCAUCUACAACACAUCGUCGGUGGCUUCCUACUCGUAUCUUCCAGCAUUUAAGCAAUUUGGUCAGAACACAAAAAUUCUUCACUUCAUCGGCACGGCCAAACCGUGGCUGCAAAACUUUGACUCGGAGUCCCGCAAAGUGUACAUCCCCGGCGGUUAUCAGCACUUGGCCAACUUCCUCCAGUACUGGUGGGAUGUCUUCUGCGAAGAUGUCCACUCACGUCUGAGUGCGGAUAUGCAAAAAACAUUCAGUAACUGGAUCAAACCCAGCCAGGUCAGUACUAUUAGCAAUGCGUACCGGUCAUCCGGUACCGGAAGCUUCUACACUGGCGAUUACCAUGGCGGCGAUCAUUUGGGUGGUGGCGGUGGCGAUCACAAUGGUAAUUAUAACCCUAGCACUACUCCGGCACCGGGCUCGGGAACUGCGUUCCAUCCGCACUGGGAUCAGUUCGUUCCCAGCUAUGAUGCGACAAUUGAGUACGCAGAUCCCUGGGAGGAGUACCUCCGCAAGCAGGAGGAAGAGCGCGAUCGCCUGGCCCGCGAUCAGCAGAAGCGUGAGGAGGAGAGACUGUAUUAUCAAUAUCUUGACAACCAAAGGUUGCAGGAACAGCAUCGGCGCGAUCAUGAACACUGGCAGCAGCAGCAGCAACAGCAUCACAGUCAACCUCAUCAUGAUCAUCAACACCAUCAUCAUCAUCAUCACCAUAAUCAAGAGCACCAUGACCAUCAUCAGCAUCAUCACCAGCUUGAGCAUCACCACGGCGAUCAUCACGGUCAUCAGCAAGAUGCUAAUGUUUUUCAGAGCACAGAACAGUGGGUAGAACACGUGCACAGACACGAUCAUGGUGGUCACUGGGAUCCGGAACCGUGGCAACCGGACAGUUCACAGCAAGAAAGUGGUGGUGGUGGGUGGGGCAGCGGCCACGACGAACAUCACCAACAUCAUCAUCAGCAGCAGCAGCAGCAGGAGGGCGAUCACGGUCGCCAUGUAGAAAAUCGUGAUCACGGGGCUGGUAGUGGUGGCGGUGGCGAUCAUCAGGAAUCACAGCAGGAUCAUCAUCAUGAACAACAAGAGCAAGAUCAACAUUCACAUGGUGGUGGUGACGGGAGUGGCCUUGCCGGAGCGCUGUCGCAGCUGCACCUCGGUGAACCGAAAUCCGUCGAGCAGGAAGUCUACGAAGAGCACAUGCGCCGCCAAUGCUGGGAAUCCGGUAACAUCGACUACAUGGGCCGGGACUCGUUCGAAAACAUCUGGCGUCGCAUCACACAAACGGUCAGCGCCGGGCCUUCGCCGAUAGCCGCCGAGUUGGGUCCAUCUACGGCGCCGGUUCCUCCUCGUGCCAUCAGUCCUGCACCGCCGCGCCGGCGCCGUUCGUCCAAGUCGCGAUCCCGAUCGAACACGCCGAAACGGGACCCACGGGAUCGCUCGCCAACCCCCCAGCCCGAGGACAACGUCCCGGUCGAGAAGAAGGAAGUUCAAAUCGAAGCACCGAUCCAAGAGGAGGAUGAUAAUUUCAAUGUUGGGUCACUGGACGGAAGCCCCGAGCGUUCGGAAUUACCACCGCCGGUUCAGUAUGAUCCGAUGACCAGUACGACCACACUGACCAAAAAAGUAUUUGCAGGUUAUCAACAAGUCAUUACCACCAAAAGCCAAGAAGGUAAAACUCGCACCCACGUCAAAACCGUGUAUGACCCUAGCGUAGAAGACGCCUCAGCCGGCUACGAUGCGGCUGACAGCCCAAAGCAGGUAACCUCCGCAACAGUUGCCGAAAGCCGGAUCGAGCCCGCCAUGCCGUUAGUGGUCGAAUCGAACAAGCAAGCAACGCCCGCCCCGCCUACUCCGAAAACCUCGCCCCUUCCCGCUCCUGUUCCGGAAUCGGAACACAAAUCGACACCGCCCCGCGCCUCGCCCCGACCUCAGCUAGAACAACAGGUUGCUCAGGAAACGAUGGCAGGUAAACAACCCAGUGUCGAACCUAUCAAAACAUCUCGCCGUAAGCGACUAUCGUCACCGCAACUCACAUCCCCAACCAUCACUGCUACACAAACGACAUCAUCUUCAAAACUUAAACCCCAAUCAAAAUCGACCCUUGCGCUCAAGACCGCAUCGGCUAUCAAGACAACUACCGAUCCAUCGACCCCAACCACACCCAAAGCUACGGCACAAGAGCCAACUAAGACAAAGCCGGCUACGGCCUCCUCCUCCUCAUCUAAAAGUCAAUCAUUGCCAUCGUCACCAUCCUCAGCAUCAACCCCACCAUCACCGCAAUCGCCCACCCCCUCGUCAACGAACGGCCGGCCCAAGCCAACGAAAAAGAAGACUAUCGAUGAGAUCGAAACCGCCCCGCUGACGGCGAACGAUGAGCUGGACAACUCCAGCGCACCGGCCACUCCUCCGGUGCCUCCCCGCCGCAAGCGGGAAAGUAAAGUCUCUCGAAUAGUGCAGAUUCUAACCUCAACGGUAGGCAACGUCACUAGUUACUGUUACCAAUCGGUGAAGAAUGUAGUUCGGACGGUUUUCAACGUUACUGUCGAUGCUUUAUUGGUGUUUUCUUUAUUGGUGGUGUGCUACAGUUUGGCAACUUUUACGGCUGCUAUUGAGUCUUAAUGAGUUUAUCAUUAUUUGUUUUUCAUUGUUUUAUGUUUACUCAGGUACUAAGUACAAUUGUUAUAUUUUUGUUGAUUUCUUUUU